GGAACGAGCCGGAGCGGGGCGCCGCCGGCCAUGCUGAUCACGCUGUGCUACCUGUACCUCUGGGCGCGCUGGGGGGCCGGCUGGGCCGGGCUCAUCCGACGCACCGUGCGCCGCCUGCACCGCGCGCGCUGCGCCUUCGUCUUCGGCUGCUGCCGCGGCGGCGCGGGCUGCCCCCCUCCCCGGCGGCGGCGGCGGCGCAGGCAGGGGUCGCCCGGGCUGGGCGAGGAGCCCGUCUGCCUCCGGCUGGGGGACAAGGUCUUCUUCACUGAGGAGACCCCGCAGUCCCUUGAUGAUUUAAACAAAUGGACUCUACUUCUCAUAUCUCCUUUUAUUUAUUCUGAUAAAAUACUUGAUGCAGAACAUAUAGCAUUUGUGACUGAAAGUGUUUCUGCCCAGGCAGAUGAUUUACAGACUAUAUCUAGUUCCUCAAAAAAGGUUAUAAAGUGGUCAGACUGUUGUUCACCUUUGGCCUAUAAACCCGGAGAACCUUAUAAAUUAAUUGCUGAAGCAAGUGUGGAUAACUUCAGUAACCUUGGAAUAGCAUUCAUGGAAGACAGACUUCAAAUGGAUAAUGGAAUGGUGCCACGAAAGAUUGUUUCUAUCCAUUUACAGGAAUCUGCUCUAAAGGAGCUCAAGCGGAUGGCUGCACCUACAGAAGAGAAGAAUAGCACUAAUAGCAUACACAUGGAUGAAAUGACCCCUGCUCCUCCAUUUGCAGCUGCAACUAAACAAGGAUCAACGUCAACUGAUUCUACAGGAGGUGGUGACCAGGAGGUGAGAGAAGAGAAAUCCAGGCUGGAGAAAAGAAGUGAGUCUCAUAAUGAGCCUAAUAACCUAUGUGAAAGGGAGACAAGUACUGGUAAACAUCACCACCUGCACCUUUCCAGCUGCCAUGAAUGCUUUGAACUUGAAAACAGCACCAUUGAGUCAGUCAGAUAUGCUUCAUCAGAAAACAUUCCAGAACUUCCUGAUGAUUGCAGUGCUAGCGUGGAAGAAGUUACUGAUGGCUGUCUGGCAAGAGAACUAAGAAGGAUAAACCUCACUGGGAAGACUCCCAAUGUUUUAAUUUAUGUGGGCUCUGACCCUAUGAAAAUCAAAUUUGAGAAGAUAAAAUCAGUGCUCAAGGAGUGCAUUCAUACAGACAGCUACACCAUCUACCAGCUGGUAGAGGAACAAGUUCUGAAAGCUCCCUGGCUUGAUAACUCAUUGUUGUUGGUUAUUGCCACAGAGGAACCCAUUUCUAAGGACAAUCACAAACGGUUCCUGACCUACUUGUCAAGAGGUGGGAAGAUUUUAGGACUUUCUGCCUCUUUUACAUUUGGCAGUAUACAGAUAAGGAGCAAAAGUGAACUGAAGAAGACCAUCCAAGAAUUAGUGUUCUAUAAAGCAGAUAACAGUGAAGUUAAAUUAAACCUUCUGACCAGUGGCAGUGUUUUUGAGCAAGAGGCUAAAGAAAAUCACAGCCAAGUGAAGUCGUUGAGUCACUUAAGUAAUACAGAUAAAGAUAUGAUCAUUGUUCACCUGCCAUAUGGAGAUUGUGGAGGAGAAGCCAUUCUGUGUCAGAUAUACUUGGAAAUGGAUAUUGCCUCUCUGACUACCCAAACCCAAGAAGAUUUUAAUUUACUCAAAAUGAGCAAUGCCAAGAGAUAUGAAGUUCUUAAGGAGAUCCUGACCUUACUUGGCCUGAGUUGUGAAUUAAGCGAAGUUUCUUCACUAACUCCUAUUUAUUUGCUUUCUUCUGAUGAGGAAAAUCAUAUUGCUUUUCUGAAGUGGCUUGGAAAAAAAGUAGAUGUUGAAGGAUUAAUAAAAUCCAGCAAAAUGACCCUUAAGUUUGUCUCCUCUUACAAGCCGGAAAUUGAGAUAAUGCCAUCUCUCAUACCAGUCGUCACUGUGGGAGGCUUCUCAUCUGAACACUUCAGCCUGCAGACAUAUCAACAGAAUCUGCAAACAAAGAAGCUUGGCAAGAUUGUUCUGUUUGCUGAAGUCACAUCAACAACAAUGAAUCUUCUUGAUGGGUUGAUGUUCGAUUUGCCUCAAGAAAUGGAUUUAAUAGCCAUUGCAGUUCGACAAACACAAGGGAAAGGUCGUGGUGGAAAUGUCUGGCUCAGUCCUGUGGGAUGUGCUCUAUCAACUUUACAUGUUUCCAUUCCUUUGUGUUCCCAGCUGGGACAGAGAAUUCCUUUUAUUCAGCACCUGAUGUCCCUGGCUGUGGUGGAAUCAGUGAGAUCAAUACCUGGAUAUCAGGAUAUUGACCUGCGAGUGAAGUGGCCAAAUGAUAUUUACUACAGUGACCUUAUGAAGCUUGGCGGGGUUCUGGUAAAUUCUACACUUAUGGGAGACACAUUUCACAUACUUAUUGGCUGGGGAUUUAAUGUGAAUAAUAGCAAUCCCACCAUAUGCAUCAAUGAUCUCAUCAUGGAGUACAAUAAGAAAAAUAUGACAAAACUAAAGUCCUUAACAGCAGACUACCUGAUUGCUAGGAGUGUAACUGUGCUGGAAAGACUGAUUGAAACAUUUCAGGAGAAAGGACCUGAUGGAGUUCUUCCCUUAUAUUAUAAACACUGGAUACAUGCUGGUAGGCAAGUCCGUCUCUGGAGUGAAGAGGGCCCAUUAGCGUGGAUAGUUGGAAUCGAUGAUUGUGGAUUCCUUCAAGUUCAUGAGGAAGGAAAAGGUGUAGAGUCUGUGCAUCCAGAUGGCAACUCAUUUGACAUGCUGAAAAACCUUAUUAUCUCAAAGCAGCGGUAGACCUUGGAUUUGGUGAAAAAGCUGCUCUAAGAAGACUGUUCAGUUUUCAGCACCUAGCAGCUGAUCUUGGCUAUACACAAUAUAUCAAACUGGAAUGAUUUGGAGGUGAAGUGUAGAAGCUAAAUAUAGCAUUUUACAUUAUUGUUUCAUUUCUGCUGAGUUUUCUAGCCAGUGGCCUUAAGGACCAGUUAGUAUUUUCUAUGCAUUUUUCAUGUUGCAUAUUUUUAAGCAUAGAGGUGAGAGGUAGCUUAUGAUUAGGAGAAAUCAACUUUUUACCAAUCUCUAGUUUCUUCUUUCUUAACCUGGAUAGCUUAGCUGAAAGUUGCUACAAAAGUUAGUGUUAUCCCAUUACUGGAGACCCAUAAUCUUUUGCUAAUGGCCAUUUUUUAAAAAAAAAUUCACUAAUGUUAUUGUUUGUUAUAAGCAUUUACAGUAGGGAGGUAUUUGCAAAGGAAGAUGUUAAGCUCAUUAAUUCAAUAUAUUUAAGAAACUAAAAAGACUGUAUAUAUUUUUAAAAAAAAAUGUGUUUGAAUAAUGCAUUUGUUGUGGUUUUGCUUUGGGUAUAAGCAGUAAAAAGUUUAAAUUACUUAUUAUGAAAUUUUAAAGAAAUGAGUUCUGCUUAUGUCAGCUGUGGAGGACACAUGGAAGAACUCACCAGACACCCAUAAGGGAAAGUGGCAAGAAUUCUGCAAGUUUAUUAAGUUAACUGUGUAUUCACUGCAUGCUUAGAUAAUAGUCCCUCCCACCCUUUAGAAAUAAUGAGAAACUUUGCUGAUUCGGUUCUGCUCCCUGUGCGCUUCUAUUUCCUUUCAUCAUUCUGUAACUGGAUCUCUGGCCUGUAGGCCCUUUGCACCUCUCUUAUGGUGGCCUUAUGCUUGGACAUCCCCACCAGCAGUGCCUGUGAACUGGGUUCAUUUAUAACCCCCGAGAUAUAGAUCUUUUCUGCUUUUCUUAGCCUGUUAACUAGCUCUGAUUCUUAGUAAAUCACCCCAUGCCUCCUUGUAUCAUGGUCUUUCUUUCAAGAGCUCUUAACCCUCCACAAGAAUUACCCACCACAUAUGCAAUUAGUGAAUCACUUAGUUGUCAUCCUCUAUGUUACUGGCCAUCAAAUCCUCAGUCCACGAAUUGAUAUCAGUGUUGACUGUACUUCACUCAAUCCCUGAGAGGUGAACCACAUCCAAAUGAUGAAAUAAGAGAAGGAAACUUGUUCUUAAGGUCUCCUCUGCUAGCAACUACUCCAGUGAGAAAAGCACAAUGAGGGGGCCUCUGUUCCAACCAUCUCUCUCAAAUCUCUUUUAUUGUACUUUCAUACUAUUUCCCAAAGCAAGCCUCCUAUUCCAGUGGUGUUAAUUGAACCCAAGGGAUUUGAUUGUUUACUUGAAAGUGCCCUGCUGUGCAGCCUCCAACCUUACCUAAUUGCUGUACAGGUUGGGUCAGAUACAGUAGAUAAGACAGUAGGUGACUGGAGGGCAUAGGCGAGAAGCUGAACUUGAGCUCCCAACUGCAUGGAGAUGCUUUCAGGUUCUUCUCCUGGACCAGUCAAAUUUUCAUUUACAGCUUGGUCACCUGAGCAAUGACCUCAAGCCAACCACCACACACCAAUAGAUGUCAGGUGUGACCUGGCCAAUAGCCAGCUAUGUCUCCUAAUGUGGACUGCCAUUGGUUAUUACUACACCCUUCCCUUAGGAUGCUUGGCUCAGCCAAGUGGGUUCUCACAAAUACAUUCCUGUCUUUUAGCCAGAAAUGGAAUUCAUGGGUUAAAGUUCACUUCGUAAAUAACCAAUAUAAGGAGAUCAGCUCAAUUACAAAUCCAAGAAAUCUUAAAGGAGAAUUGGCCUGUAAUGGUAGAUUAGAGUAAUCCUUACUUACUGGAAUUUGGCUGCUUUGUUGGUAAAUUGCUAGCAAUUAAGUUUUCUGUGUAUUUAAAGUGAGGCUUGUGACCUCCGUGUCAUAGUUUCUUUCACUUCUGCCUUCCAAAAGAGUCAGUUUCUUACCUCAGACAGGACUGCACACCGAAAAAAAUGAUAGAAGUAACACAAUAGAGACUAAAUAUUGAAUGACUUAUUUAAUAAUUCAUAUUUAAUAUACUAUAUGUAAACAAUAAUACCCAACUUCCCUCUCACAAGACCUUGGUUAGAAAGAAAAAAAGCUUAAUUUUAAUACUGCUUUGGGCUGGGAACUUUUGACUACUGACUUACAGAUAGAUAUACAUGAUUAUUUAUUUUUAAUUCUCAAAUUUAAGUUUGAGCUACUAAUCUUAAAUACUGAGAGGAACUCUUGCAGUGUGGUGGUCUCUUCUUCUCUGCCUUUUCUUUAUACAGCUUACAAAUGAUGCAUGUUGCUACUUAUCAACUGCAGAAGGCAGAAUUUUGGUAUUGCUUUUUACUCCUUGCCAGCAUCCCCAGCUAUAAAUAGUGAAAAGAAAAUUCAGCAAUGCUCUUGGUGCUUCUUGGUCUGGUUUAUUUCAUCAUGAAAACCUUCCUUUAAUGCAGAGCAGUUACAUUCCCAAUCUGACUAUUGUAUCGCUGAAUUAAUUCUAGAAAACUGCUGUUUGUGCUGCAGUCCUUAAUAUAAAACCCGACUGUCACUAUCAGGGCACAGUCAGGCAACCUUUUUGUAAAGCAGAAUUAACAUACGUAGGGCCAUAUCAUACCACUGAUUAUUUUUGUCUAAGCAGAGUUGAUCUGAAUGUGACUUACAUUUGAAAUGUGACAAUAUAUGGCCCAUACUGUAGUAGGAUCAAUAGCAACAGUAGUAGUUCCGAAAAUUUCCAUAUGAAAUCAUAAACUUUAUAAUAGAGAUAAACCUGAACCACAAUCCCCUGACUGAAAUACACCCAAACUUCAGGAAAUUUGGAUCCAGAUUUGAACGUGGUGGCCUGCCCUGAUCUCGGUCAUGGACUGAUCCAAAACCCUGGAUACAAACACCCCAAAACAUUGGGAACGUUUUGAUCAACAUCUAGGUCCAAAAUGUGCAGUUUAAGCCCAUGUAACACUUUACAAAAACCUCUUUCUGCAUACAGAUGUACUGAUGCAGACCUGUAUGCCUUCCUAGAGCAUCAUUGACUUCUUUGGGACUCUGCAUAGGAAUAUAGGCCUGCCCACAUGGUUUGGUGGGGCUGCAUGGGUAUAAAUAUUCCCUAUCCCCACCCCCACACACACUGUUUCGGUCAGCAGGAGGGUAAUGCAGCACCCUCAACUGACCUGGCCCCAACUGCUUUCUGCCCUUCCUGUCCAUACCUGUAAACUUCCCCUUUCUCCUCAUCUGCUGAAAGGGAGCCGUUAAAGGGGCAACACCCCUUUUUCUCCAGCUAGCCGGACAAAGACCCACUUGCAUGCAUGUUGCAAUAGACACAUUAUCCCAAUAAAAAGACUAAGGGGGAAAACAUACUCCUUCUUGUGGGCAGAGCUGAGUGUCUAUAAAACUUCACUUAGCUGCAAUGCCACAGGACCUGUAGAGCAGGCAGAUAUAUAUCUUUAACUAUAUAAUAAAAUGCCAACAGUUUUUCAUAGCUCCUAUCAUUGCUUUUUGGAUUUCUGUGGGGGGUUCUUAAUGAAAACCAUGUUUUGUUUAUGUUUUACACUGUAAUGCUAUUCUGGACGUGUCUGCAUCGGAAAAUUUAUUUAAUUUCCUUUUUGUAAAUGAAAACUAAUGAAGUGUGGACAUGUCAGAGCACAAGUAGAUCUUGUGGGAAUACUACUUUUCCUUUACGCUUUUUAAUGGCUUGUUCUUGUAUGUACAAGACUGCCUAUUGUCUUGAGAGGGAAAAACAGCCUUCAGAUGGAUGAAAUAUUUGUCAUAAACCUGAUUUUUGCUUCAGAUGUACCAUAGAAUUUUACAAAGCAAAUUCCUGUUUUAUACAGAACAGCUGAGUAAGUCCAUUCUGACCAGCAGCUGUUACUGUCAAGAAAGCCUUUUUAUUCUACACUCAUCUUAAGGUAUAUGGGGAACACAGUCGGUAAUCUCAUUGUUUUUGUGCCAAACUUGUCAAAAAAAAGUGUCUCAGAGUUUUUGUAUGACAACUACCUUUUUUUAUUAAAAAAGCCCUAUACAAAUUAGAUAAAGCAUAGAAAUAUAUAUGGGCAAAGGUAGAAAGUCAACCAUCCCAAAAAGCUAGAAGUAUCACACUGAAAAUGUGUUCUUAUUAAAAUGUCCAGAUUAGUAAAACACCUAUUUCAUUUUUAGGCUGAGGUCACAUCUCAAAUGAUUUUCUUGAUGAAGUGCUGUCCAAAAUAUUUCAUUAUGGUAUCCAUAUUUCUUGCAAUUUGAGCUUUUCUCCGCUGGACUCAGUUAUAAAACUCAUUAGAUGUGAAAAUAGCUAUAGCGAUUGUAUAUUGAUAGCAAAACUUCUGCUGAGCAAGUGGGGGUGGGGUGGAGAAGGUGUAUGUCUGUCUCUUUGGAAAGAGUGAGAUAGGGAGUCCUAUCCAGAUAGAAGUGAUACCAUUUCCAGUAUUUUUAAAAUUAUAUCAGGCACUUAGAAUUAAGAGUCCAAGAUCUGCACAAAUCUCACUCCUGUUCUGAUGAUUUAUAAGCGUUUGGUGCAUUUUGAAAUAUAUAUCCUGUGAGAUUAAUAGACCUCAAGGGCUGUUAUCUAGAAAUUGUAUUGAAAAAUGUUUAAAUCUUUAUGCUGCAGCUCAAGUAUUGCAGGUAAGAAAAUAUUUUGGUUUUGGUGGUUUUUUGGCGGGGUGGGGUAGUUAAAGAUAUUUUGCUCUUUUUGAUUCAGUCACAGGACCAUAGUAAUUUGAAAAAUUACAAUUCUGAAACUAGUUGGGAAACUAUGAUGGGACAUAUAGUUAUGCAGAAAAUACAGCUCCAAAAUAUUUGUCAUGGAAAGGAAUAGUACAUAACUCGUGCUUCAGUUCAGCUGAUGUCUUUCAGUGGGGUUAGAACCUACUAAAACUAGCUGAUUUCCUGGUGAGCUGUAUUUGUGGAGCACACAUGCAUUUUUCAGCAGUGUUUUAUGUUACUGUAGUGGGCCGGUACCAUCGUGCUAAAGCUGCGGUGAAGUUGCUUUCUCACCAUUAACAGAUGGGACGUAGGUGAGAACAAAAGCCAAAGAAUUAUAACAAUUAACACAUUAUAGCCCCACAAAUAGUUUAGGAAAAGGAGUUGCAAACAAAUGCUGUAAAUUGGUGAUGGAUUUAAAAUACUCCAUUGGUAGGUUUUAUUCAGCAGAUAGGGUUAUUUUCAGUCCUUAAAGAUAAAGCUAUUUCUAGAAAACAGCAAUGCAUAGUUGGAAUAAAAUAAGUUAAAUCUUUGCAUUUUAUAGUUUGAAAGAAUAAUCUAAGUUAAUGUUGUCAAAUCUAUGAUUACAAUUAAAAACUCUACAUACUCAAAAAAAUCUCCACUGUGUGUCUGUCAUUCUUAAUGAUCCCUUAUGCUUGUAUUUUAAAAAGAUCAAAACCGUUAC